CGGCUGGCCGGGGCGGGUCGGCGGGAGAGAUAUUUAAAUGAAGCCGGCCGCCCCCUCGCAGGUCGGCUCCCGCGGGGCUGAGCUCCGAGCGCCUCCUCGAGGGCGCGGGGACCCCGGGUCCGGCCUGCGCGUCUGCGCAAAAUGCGCCCGAGCUGCCCCGGACAGGAGCGGCGGCCGCGCUGAGCCAGGUAGGCGCUGCCUCUGGCCCCCACGAUCCGCACCCGCGGCCAGCACGGGGCCCCGAGCCAGGCCACCCGCACCAGGACCCCAUCUCAGCAGAGCGUCCCAUUUGACAGAUGGCAAGACUCCCCGAUAGGCUGCCACAUGCGGGGGCACACAGCUUGUCAACGAUAAAGGUUGAAACCCAGAUUUCACACCGCUGUCUGACCCCGGGCUGUGAGAGAGUCUCUCACCUCAUCGCACCAGAACCUGCCCCUGGGCCGCCCCCCCGCCGCCGCCCCGCACCAGAACCUGCCCCUGGGAACGGUCCCCACCCCUGCCAGGAGCUCUCAGUCAGCCUCCCUCGCGGGUGGCAGGCGAUGACGGAGCCCCCCACACGUACACCCAGAGCUGCCUGAAAUUCCGCCUCGCAACCGCAUUCCUUUGGGUUCAGGGCUAAUUCCCCGUGGGACGCACAUGUCUCCAGCUCGGGGCUUGCCCUGGUGAUUCACUGCCCCCGAGCAGCGCGCAGCCCUCUCCCAGGCCCCCACACUGCGGGGCGCCAGGAGGAGCCGAGCACACACAGCCCCGGGCACUGUGAGCCUGUCUGCUGUGGGCGCCGCAGGGUGUGUGCGGCGGUGCAGCUCGGUGGUUAAAGGAGGGUCAAGGAAAGAGAACUUGGACUAACCAGUCAAGGUGGAGCCUUAUUCAUUUGGAGGUAGCCGGAUUGGAUUGUGGUGUAGACUUGAGUUUACUGCCUGUGUGACUCCGGAGCCAUGAGCCACCAGAUCCUGCUGCUUCUGGCUGUACUGAUUCCAGGCCUGACCACCUCCCAACACCAGGACAAAGUUCCCUGUAAAGUGGUGGACAAGGAAGGCCUGUGUCAGGGUCUUGGCCUGCUGCAGGUGCCCUCGCUGCUCCCUCUGGACAUAGAGGCCCUGGACCUGUCUGGAAACCAGCUACAGAGACUCCUGGUCUCCCCCCUAAGCCUCUACACAGGGCUGCACCACUUGGACCUGAGCUCCAACCAGAUCAGCUUCCUCCAGCCGGGUGUCUUCCAGGCCCUGCCCCUCCUGCAGCACCUGAACCUGGCCCACAACCACCUGGGUGUGGACCCUGCUCUGAACGGGGGUGGCCUGGGCCUGCUGCCACGCGUGACCACCCUGGACCUGUCUGGGAACAGUCUGCACAGCGGCCUGGUAGAGCGCCUUCUGGGGCAGGCACCGGCCUUGCGCAGCCUCUCCCUGGCCCAGAACAGCCUGAUGCACCUGGCCCACCAUGCCUUCUGGGGGACACCAGCCCUGGAGUGGCUGGACCUGCACAGCAACGUGCUCAUGGACAUUGAAGAUGGUGCCUUUGAGGCCCUACCCCACCUGGCACACCUCAACCUCUCCAGGAACUCGCUCACCUGCAUCUCCGACUUCAGUCUCCAACAUCUGCAGGUGCUGGACCUGAGCUGCAACAGCAUCGAGGCCUUCCGGACAGCGCCUGGGCCCGGGGCCGAGUACCAGCUGACCUGGCUCGACCUGCGGGACAAUAAACUACUCCACUUCCCUGACCUGGCAGCUCUGACCAGGCUCCGCUACUUGAAUGUGUCCAACAACCUCAUUCAGUUGCCCAUGGGGCUGGCCCCGGACCGAGGGGACAUCAAGGCAUCUUCUGAUGGCUGGUCAGCCCUACCCACCUCCAGCCCUGGCUGGAAUGCUAGCACCUGCUCGCUCUCCCAGCUCUUGAACCUAGAUCUGAGCUACAAUGAGCUAGAGCUCAUCCCCGAGGGCUUCCUGGAGCACCUGACCUCACUGCGAUUCCUGAACCUCAGUCGCAACUGUUUGCGGGCCUUUGGGGCCCAACGGGCAGGCUCCCUGCCCAGCCUGGUGCUCCUGGACCUCAGCCACAAUGCGCUGGAGACCCUGGAGACAGGCACACAGGCACUGGGGGCUCUGAGGACUCUGUCCCUGCAGCAUAAUGCCCUGCAGGACCUGCCCCUGGCCACCUUCUCUGGCCUGGCCAGUCUGCAUGAUCUCAACCUGCAGGGAAACCGAGUCAGAGUCUGCCUGGGGCCCAGCCAGCCUGGUUCUCCAGCCCCCCCAGGCUGUGUGGCUUUUUCUGGCCUAUCCUCCCUCCGCAGCCUAAACCUGGUAGACAAUGAGCUGGAAACCCUCCCGGCUGGGGCCUUCCUCCACACCCCCCUGGCUGAGCUGGACCUUUCUGCCAACCCUGGGUUGGAGGUGGCCCCCGGGGCCUUGGCUGGCCUAGAAGCCUCCUUGGAGGUUCUGGCCCUGCGGGGGAAUGGGCUGGCCGAGCUGCUGGUGGACCUGCCUUGCUUCAGCUGCCUCAAGCAGCUGAAUCUGGCCGAGAACCGCCUGAGCCGCCUGCCCGCCUGGACACAGGCCGUGUCCCUGGAGGUGCUGGACCUGAGGAACAACAGCUUCAGCCUGCUGCCAGGCAGCGCCAUGGGCGCCCUGGAGGCCAGCCUGCGGCGCCUCUACCUGCAGGGCAACCCGCUCAGCUGCUGUGGCAAUGGCUGGCUGGCCACCCAGCUCCACCAGGGCCGUAUGGAUGUGGACGCCACCCAGGACCUGGUCUGCCGCUUUGGCUCCCAUGAAGAGGUGGCUUUGAGCCAUGUGCGGCCUGAGGACUGUGAGCAGGGAGGCCUGGGGACCGUUAACCUCAUCCUCCUCCUGACCUUUGCCCUGGUCUCCCUCAUCCUCCUCACCACACUGGCCACCUGCUGCUGUGUGCGCCGGCAGAAAUUCAGCCAGCAGUACAAAGCCUAGGGAAACCGAGGCAGCUGGGUGGCUCAGCCCAGAGACCCUCUGCAGCUGGGGCAGGGGAGACAAACCUAAAGUCAUGUAUCACCCAGUGGGGGUUCCAGCCCAUGGCUCCCUCCCUGCUGUCUACUCCAUCAGUAGGCAACCCACUUCCCAACCACUGGAGUUGGGCAGAUUCAGAGAAUGAGGUCGCCCUAGCAGAUAAUCCGUUGUCCAGGCAUCUGUUUGUGUGAUAUGGGGCCCUAGGAUGCUAGGAAUGUCCAUGAAUAAGAUUGGGUCCCUGCUCUCAAGCAUCUCCCAGUCUGAGGGGCUAGGCCUUGAUCACCUAGAAUGAGGAAGCCCAAGGGAGUUCUGCCCCAGCUGGGCCCCAGAUACAGGACCAGGAGGAUUCGUCUGAGACAUUUCCAAGCAGAUUCUGCGUCACAUCUGACAGUGACUUUCAGCUUUUGUGGAGCACCAGGCACUUAUGCCUGGAAACGAGAGCAAGAGCACAUGCGAGGUCUUGGGCCCAGCAUGCCUGGCAAGUGCAAGAGUUAGGUGGGUCUUGGAUAAGAGGUUCAUUUUGGCAACCUAGUGACCCAGGCUGGGUUCCUGCUCCCACAGGAUCUUUCCUUCCCUGGCUCUCAAGCUGCAUACACCAAACCAAAUCCUGCUCCCUCUCCCUCCCUGCCUGGCCAGUCUGUUCCCAACCCCACCCCACUGGUGAGCAGGAGUCAGAAUCUCAGGCAUCUGGUUCUGCUUUGCACCAGGCUUGGCAGCUGAUACAGACCCCGGCCUGUGUCUGCCUCUUCAUGACUACCCUCUGAGACCGGCAUUCUGUCCUGUUUUUAUAAAAAUGCUUCCCAAAGUCUCCUUCUGGGGUCCCAAAUGAGGUUUCACACUCAUAUCCUGCAGGGGCUAUUGGCUGAUCAGCGGUCAGGAGGAAGUUCCACGUGGCUGGCACAGGGGUGGGACACAUCCUGCAUCAUCCCCAGCAGCAGAGAAAGAGCACCCACAGUCUUGGCCUUCUUUUCUGCCUCAGUUUCCCUCACUCCUCUGCAGAUUGGCAUGGGCUUCCUUGGCUGUCUCUGUAGCCCCGUACAUCUCCUCUCCACUGAGCCCAGCCCGAGUCUCACCUGCCCAUGGCACAGACAGAGAAAAACUGAGGCUGAGAAAAAAAAUUGCCUAUUGGAUCGUGUGUGUGUGUGUAUGUGUGUGUGUGUGUGUGUGUGUGUGUGUGGUGUGUGUGUGUGUGUGUGUGUGUAGGGAGAGAGUGGGUUGGAGCUUAGUGGCUUCCUCUUCUCAAUUACACCAUGACAGUGCUGGCUCCAGACUCCUCUCUGGACCUCAUCACACAGGAAUUCUUUUCCCCCUAGGGGGACAAAAAAUGGGUCAGGAAACCCAUCCAACUAGAACUCCUAACUAGCUGUCAUUCAUGUCUAUGGAAUCCAGAACUGCUGGAAAAGAGAGGAAGUCCUGGGACAGACUCCUUAUCUGUGCUUGGCCGCAGGUCUAGCUCACGGCUGCUCUGAAAAGUGUGAGCCAUGGGAACAAUCCCUUUUAACUACGAACAUGGAGGCACAGAGGGUCAAGGCCUCGGGGCAGGUCAGAGCUGGUCCUAUGUGCACCCUGGUGGUGUGGGGACAGUUGACCCUAGGUGCUCAUGGCACACAAACACGCUUCUUUGGACUUGGAGGGGCAGGGGGCUCUUCCACGCCUGAUCUUCAGAAACACUACAUGCUGCUGCUCUCACCCCUCUGUAUCACCCACGUGAAUGUAUUAAAGAGAGAUGUCGGGAAACUGUG